AGAGAGAGAGAGUGAAUCGAGACGAAGGAUCGACAAACUCGUCGUUCGAUUCAUGAUGCACUCGUGAUGCGCGAGCGAGCUUUCGCCCAAAUCCAACGUAAUCCCGUGCACGCGUAACCGAUAGAAGACGCGACGCGAUUGGUGGGACGGUCGUAAAGCCUGGCCGUUUAACUUGAGCGGACGAACGAGCGGCCGUCGAUUAGGACUGCGCGGUGGGCUCGACGCACGUGUCAAUCACUAACUCGUCACGCGAUACACCGAUGAGAGAGGACCGCGCGCAAGGUCUGUUAGCGAGAUGGCUUCCAGGUGAUAUACCCCUCGCGCUCAUCCUCCUGCCACGCGCCGUUUCUACCCGAUAUCAUCUCUCCACUCGUCUCCACGACUUCGAUUACUAUUUUUCCCCGACUGAAUUGCCUCUUCCCAACCUGUCUAAUCGCCUCGAUCGUAGAUAUUUAUCGCUACGACUCGCCGAUUUAUCGAUCGGAAACACGAGUAGCUACUUCACGCCUCUAUUCUCGAUUUACAUCGUUUGCACGGAUACACAACGUCGUAACGUUGUAUACGAGCUUGGAAAUGUCUUUUGUAUACCUAAUAAUUUCCUCGAAGCGGAAAAAAUUAGAAACGAAAUCGCAGUGUCGGGUAGCAUCGUAUCGAUCGAAUUCUCUCUGGUAUUAUUCGACAACCUGUAUUUUCCUUCGAAUACGAUCCGGUGAAUAUUUUAGAUAACGGAUGUGUGUGUGUGUGUGUGUGUGCAAAGUCCGAAAGUUUUCCGAAUCAGUCAUCGCACGAUUAUUUCUUCGAGCGAUAUGCUUCUCGUCUCGCGAAUUCUUCGCUCGUUCGUGGCGAUGGCUAUUAUUCGGGGAACGCUCACGUUCGAUUCGUUGGACCGAUUACUCGAAGACGCGAUCCCCGUUCUAUUUCCACCGGUCAGAAUGUCGUUGCAUCUUUGUCGACUCGAGCAAGAGGACGCGAUCAAAUUAUCCAAGAGGAUGUCGAGCAAGCGUUUCAUUCACGAGAUUCGUCGAGAAUUCGAUGGAUUCGCGGCAAGGACGCACGAUAAUUGGGAACAUAGAGAUUUGUACGUGUUGGAUUUGAAUUGCGAUUAUGCGAUUCCAUUGUUGCGAACGGCGAACGAGACAGGUAUGUUCUCCGCGCCGAUGAAAUGGCUGUUGCUUCGAGAUCGAUCGUCGGUCGUUGGAGAUUCGAGGGACGAGAGGGAAACGUUGAAAGACAUGGCCGUAUAUCCGGAUAGCGAGGUGAUCGUUGCGAGGAAGAGAAUGGACGGUGUCGUGGAGAUAAGCUCCGUGUACAGACCCAGUCCCUUCCACGAGGCGAUCGAGGAGGAUCGAGGAAACUGGACGAUCGAACAUGGCGUACGAAUGCCAAAUCUAUAUCCCUCGUCGCGACGAAGAAGAGAUCUUCGACGCACGCCGUUGAAAUCCUGCCUCGUGAUGACCGAUCCCGAUACGAUCAACCAUUUAACUGAUUAUGAAAAUAAGCAUAUAGAUCCAGUUACGAAGGCCAAUUAUCCUUGGAUAAUGCACAUAGCGAAUCGAAUGAACGCAACGUGAGUCGUUUCUUCUUCUCU